AUGCCUGGUGAUGACGUCGUCCUGCCCUGUCAUGUGGAUCCUCCUCAGGAUCUUUCUCAGUUUACAGUGGAGUGGGGCAGACCAGAUCUAAAACCCAGAUUUGUGCAUGUUUGGCACAACCAGAAGGAAUAUCUAGCUGACCAAAACAAAGUCUUCAAGGGACGAACGUCACUGUUCAAUGACAAACUGAAGGACGGAAACUUUUCUCUGAAACUGUCUGAUGUGAGACAUUCUGACAACGGAAGAUACAGAUGUUACAACCCAAAGGAGAAAACAGAAUAUUUUAUCCAGCUUCUAGUUGGCUCCGCCUCCUCACCUGCUGUCAGUUUAUCUGGACUGGACGUCAGCAGCAGUGGAGUGAUGCUGGACUGCAGCGCUGCAGGCUGGUAUCCAGAACCUGAGAUGUUCUGGCUGGACGGAGACAGAAACAUCAUGUCUGCUGGACCUGCAGAGAAAAGCACAGAUCCUGAUGGUGUUUACACUGUUAGCAGCAGAGUGACUGUAGAGAAGAGAAACAACAACAACUUUACCUGCAGAGUCCAGCAGAGAGACGUCAACCAGAGCAGAGAGACACACAUUCAUGUUCCAGAUGAUUUCUUCAUCAAUGAGUGCAGCUGCUCCGUUUCUAUCAGCUUCAAUAUAAUUUUAGUCAUCAUGUUUAUUCUUGGAGUUGCUCUUAUUAUUUGGAUGAAGAAACAAAAUAAAAACAAAAAGAAAAAGUUAACAGAGAAAAUCAGUGAAGAGCAAAAGAAUCUCAUUACAGCAAUAACACUGGAGGAGGAGCUAGAAAAGAGCAACAAGGAACAGAAAAUCAUUGAUCAGCAGAUUGCGUCACUAAAAGAAAUGUCAGAGGAACUGAAGGAGCAGAAAAAACAACUUAUUGAUCAAACAGCAGAGGAAGCAAAAAUGAUUGAGGAGGAUGAGAAGAAGCUUAAGGCUGUUGAUGAUGAAGUAACAAACCAGACGGGGAACAUGAUAGAAAAAAAAGCACAAGGAUAUUUAAAACUGAAGGGAAUUAUAGCAGAGAGCAAAGAUAAACUGACUGAAAGAAAGCAAGGUCAUCAAAAGGUCGGAUAUAUGACAGAUAAACUAAUGAAGAGAACAAAUGAUGAGAUUAACAAGCUGAAGGAGAGAAAACAGGAGAUAGAAAAUCAUGUAAGGAAAAUACAAAAACAACUUGGUGAAAAAGAGUCAAAGCAGUAA